AUGGGCGGGAAAGUCAGCCAUGUGUUCUGGGAUGGACGGGCGAUGUCUGCCAAGUGUUCUGGGAUGGGCAGGCCGGACCCACCACGGGUCCCGGGACAGGCGGGCGAUGUCCGCCACGUAUCCCGCGACGGGUGGGCCAGCCCGCCACGGGUCUCGGGAUGGGCAGGCGAUGUCCCCCACGUGUCCUGCUACGGGCAGGCUGGGCGGGCGAUGUCCGCCAAAUGUCCUGUGAGGGGCGGGCCGGGCCGCUACGGGUCCCGGGAAGGGCAGGCGAUGUCCGCCACAUGUACCGAGACAGGCAGGCCAGGCCUACCACUGGUCCCGGGACGGCCAGGUGAUGUCUGCCACAUCUCCCGGGACGGGCGGGCCGGGCCAGCCACUGGUCCCGGGAUGGAUAGGUGA